UAGCUGUCUCCCCUCCGCACAAGUAGUGGGCCUCCUUGAAUGCCUACUACUUCACCGUCACUACGCAAUAUUUUAAGAAUAUCUGAAGAGAUACGAGAUCAGCAACCUUUGCUAAAUCAACCAAAUGACUUUUCUAUAAGAAAAGCUACUUUAGAAGAACAAGCUCUAAUUAACGGGAAAGACUCCUUCCCAAGCCGACGCAGCUCUUUCGGAGUAAAAGCGUUAAGUAAUAAAGAUGCUUCAAAAAUUGUCUCUGAGCAAUGGGUUAAAGAAUGCCUUCAUAACGCUGCAGCUGAGACGUUAUUUGAAACUCUUGAAAAUCUUACGCCUUCUUGUGACUUUUCUGAAGUUGAAGAAACUGAAUCCUUGAAAGCGCGGUUUCUUCGUUAUCACGCUGAAGAGUGUGCGUUGUCUGAAGAAUUGCUAGCAUUGGAAGACGAACAGUUGUCGAGUGAAAUUCUCCGCAAGAAAAGUUUAUAUGCUACAAAGGAUUUUAGCCUUUUACUGCAAGAAAAGGAAGAAGAAUGCCGGAAACUUGAAGAAGAAAUACAACUUUUACUUCAUAAAUUAAAUUCCGUGCCAGAAGCGGUACUUGUAGCGAACAGCGAGGCAGUUAGCGAUCUUGAUUUUUUUCCUGAUAAUAAUAAAAUAAUUGCUUUAGAAAAUUCGAUUGCAGAAUCGUCCUUGCGCUUGGAACAAACCAAACUUUUGUACGAGGAAACUAAAAAAUUGUGCUCUCCUCCGCUCCGGCCAGCUGACUUUCCCGACAAUAAAGAAGUUUUAUUUUCUGUCGAACAAAAGACUUUGUUAGAAAGUAUAGAAAAAGAAGUUCAAGAGAAGUUAUUAUUGACAAAUGCCGAAAAAAAGCUAAAACAGAAGUGGAGAGAAGACACGUGCUCUCUUCUUGAUGAAAACAGCGAACUUGAUUUUGCAAAAGUCUUGAAGAUUCUUGUGGAGAGCGACGGAGAGAUGGAUUGGGAAAUUCUUAAAUCUGAAAGUAAAAAUUGUUUUUCUGCAAAUUGCGCCGUUUCUUUGCUAUACGAACUCGUUGCUACGCGCUUAUUAAAAAUAGAUAGAAAAAAGCAGCCGGCAAAAGUAUCUAUUGUUACUUUCGAAUAAA